CAGCUCACGAAACUGCAAAGAAAAUACAUGCGGAGGCCCCGCUUUAUGGUGCUACAGAGGUAGACGAGAGGCCGGUCGUCAGAUCACCUCUGGCCAUUUCUCGGCCCGAGAGGGAGGACGUCGUCAGAUCACGUCCCCUGGCCAGUUCUCCGACCGAGAGGGACCUGGUCGUCACAUCACCUAUGGCCAGUUCUACGGCCGAGAGGGAGGUCGUCAGAUUACCUCUGGCCAGUUCUCAAGAUGUCAACAGAGCUGAAGGCAGACGAGACGCCAUUGACGUCUUUAGAGCAGAUACACCCAGUACGUCUGAUGAAGAACCCAGUGACGUACAAGUCCUGCCCGAGAAACAGCUGCCACAACAAAUACAAGAAAUUUUGAAUGUCGUACUAAAACAUGUAAGCAAAAAAUUUGAGGAAGUAAGCAAAAAAUUUGAGGAAGUGAAAACUUCUGUGGAUAACCUUCAGAAACAGCUGCAACCAGUACUUCCAGGACCUUCGCAGCGGGUGACUGACGGUGAGACACCUCUCCCUACCGGAUUUGUGCCUGUCCUUCCAAAGGACCCCUAUGAAGUGCUAACAUACUUCGGUUUUCCUGCUAGCACACCCGACAGUCUCGUAUCAAAACACAGGCACUACUUUCUUGGCAAUGCAUCGACAGAGCCAAUGAGAACUCACCGGUUGGCACUGAGGAAGGCAUUAGUUCAGCUAUGCCUGCUGCACAAGCCUCAGUCGGGAAAAGGGUGCGACCCUUCAUGGCGCACCCCUUGCCACGGGUGCACCUGCCGUGUUCCUGUGUGCUUGGUAGAUCCGGACCCCACCCUCGAGGGCCCGGACCACCGCGAGCUUCAGCGCGGCUUUGGGCAGAUCCGUCCAGGAAGGCUGCGGAUACCGGUGUUUGAGUGGCUCCUCGCAGCCCCCGACCGUCAACAGAACCAUAAAGGUUCUCGGACCAGCGACUCCUCUCUUUUCUCUUCCUCCCUGAUGGAGUGGAGGCGUCGUCGAGCGGACUUGCACCUUCUGCUACAGCCCUCACCGCAGGAUCAUGGGACUGCCUGA